CCGCAGACAGGCAGCAUCAUUAAACCCUCCAGGUCCAGUGGGCCAAAGGGUUUUACAGAAGUUUGCGUUAAUUGCGCAGCCUGAGCAACAAUCAGCAUCACUCUGCGCAGCUGCGCCAGUCUUCAAACUGCUGGGAAACUUUCCAGAUCGUUGAUCUGUAAACCUGCAGAGUUUCACUGACAGGAAACAGAAUCUGAGUUCUGGACUGGAUCUACGGAACCUGCAGGUUGGGACGCGUUAAAGUUUGCUGUCUGACGUCAGAUCCGUGUCCAGGUUUGUAUCUGAGCUGUGAUGAAUCUCCCAGCAGCUGCUGGUUGUUUUCUGGAUCCGUUCAGCUCCCGCUACAUCAGGACACGUUCAGUUGGUUCUGUGGGUCUCGGAUCAGAAUCCAGUUUUAGGGAAGCGUAUGCAAAUCCAUGGAAACGUUGAGCAGGUCUACAGAGAGCCGCUGUGUCAGAGAGGAGCGUCAGGCUGCAGCUGUGAGGAAGUCAUGAUGGAGUGAAGACUGAAGCUCCGCCUCCAUCCAGCGGUUCGGCUUCCUCUCGGCUCGGUCAUGAAUCCGUACGGAGACGAUGUGUCUGGGUUUUGUGGCGGUCCGGUUCCGUACUCGGCCUCUAACCCCAGUUACUCCAUGGAUCCGUAUGUUCCUCCGUUCAUCCAGACGGGUCACAGCACUCUGCCCCCCCCAGUUGCUCAUUCCACCCCCGCCCUCCCUGGCCCCGCCCUUCAUGGCCCCGCCCUCACUGGCCCCGCCCCCAGCUCCAUGCUGCCGCUGCCGGCCUUCAGCCCCACCAGUAACCCCUACGCCCCCGCCGACCUCCAGCCGCCCCAGCUCUCCGUCCCGGACCUCCAGCCGCCCCCAGGCAGUGGGUCCGGACUUGAGUGCGCCAUCUGCUUCAGCGAGUUCAACAACGUCUUCCGCUGCCCCAAGAUGCUGAACUGUAAGCACACCUUCUGCCUGGAGUGCCUCUGGCGUAUGAACAUCAAGUCUGUGGAGCCCAGCGCCAUCCAGUGCCCGCUGUGCCGCGGCCUGACCCCGCUGCCCCCCCUCGGCCUGCCCAAGCUGGCCACCGACUCGGACGUCCUGUCCUACCUGCCGGCCGCCAUGCAGAGGGUCUACAGCAUCCGCUUCAUCCGCAACAAGGGGAAGCUGCAGGUCAAAAGGUCGUCUGACAGGCCGGGCCGGCCGGGUCGGCCGGGUCGGGUCCAUGACCUCUCUCAGGUCGGUGAACCGGACUCUGGACGUGGGGCGUCCCAGCACGUCCUCCAGGGACGGCGGGGAGGCGACGGGCGGCGUGGGCGCCCUGUUCCGCCUGACGGGCCGACCCGUCUGCCGGGCCUUCCUCCUCACCUUGGUGGUGAUGAUGAUGGUCGUCCUCACGGAAUCAUCAUCUACUUCUUCACCAAGCCCACAAACUGACCUGACAUCACUUCCUGUCUGCUGGGAGGAAGAAAACUGAAAUGUUUCUAUUUUAUUUUAAACCCUGGAGUCUGAGCUGAGCGGGACGCAGCGGACCUUCAUCUUCCUCAUCUGGGUCAAAACGAACGAUGAGGAUGAUGAUGAUGAUGAUGAUGAUGAUGAUGGUUCACAUCUGGAAGGAUUUUAAAGGAAGAGCUGCUGCAGUAAAUCUCAUCACUUCCUGUUUUUAUGUUAAGGGUUCGGGGAACGGGAAAAGGUCGAUCCCGGGUCAGAAUCCUGUUGAUCAGAACCGGGUCAGAGGCGGUCCAGUUUCCUUCCAGGUGAAUCUAGAGGUACCAAACUUUAAACUCACUUCAGGAUCAGAUCAGUUUGGAUCCGUUUUCACUUUCACCUCACUUUGUUCUGCUGCUUCAGGUGGUUCUGGUUCUGGUGCCGGUUCUGGUUCUGGUACCGGUUCUGUCCUGGUACCGGUUCUGUCCCGGUCCUGUUCUGUCCCGGUACCGGUUCUGUUUCUAAAUAUAACCAGCUCUCUCUCUGCUGACGCAGCUCAGGUUCCCUUUUAAUCAAAUCUUGACAGAAUCAUGCAAACGAUCCGGCUCCGGCGGUUCUGCUGCUCCGUUCAGACAGAGGGAUACACAGAACCAGCGGCCGGUUCCGGUCCAGUAAGACCCGUUCUGGCGGGUUCCUCUCUGCGGCAGAAAUUUGCCUGGAUGUUAAACCAUCAAUGCUUCCCUUCACAGAAAGUUUCCAUAAAUACUCAGCAGAGGAAACGGGCCGGUUCUCUGGGUUUGGUUCUGAGGGAAAGUUCUUAUCUGGACGGGUCGGGUCUUUACAUGAACCCAGUGUUUGGACUCUGGUGGUACUUUGGGUCUUUCUGACUGACCCAGUUUGAUCAGAACUUUAAAUGGACCCAACCGAACCGGAGCCGGAACCUUUUCAGACGAACUGCUUUGAAUAUGAAACUUGAGCUGAAAUCAGAAACGGUUCUGAAACGUGAUCGGUCCAGAUCGGUUCUGUCCGGUUUUAUGUCCUGUCUCACUGUGCCAUGAAUAAUAAUAAUAAUGAUAAAUGUUUUAUAUUUUUAUAACCUUUUAAAUCUCGUUCUGUUUCUCUGUUUUAUUAAAUUUAAAUAAAGUUCUGGAUAAAUCC